AUGAGCGGCUCCCUGCGGCCGGGUUCCAGCAGCUGGCGGCGGGCGGCCACCCUGAUGCUGGCGGCCGGCUGGACGCGCCCGAGCCCGGCCGCGGCGUCGCCGCCCGACGAGGGCUUCCGGGUGCUGCUGCUGCAGCGCUCCUCGCGCCAAGGCUUCAUGCCCGGGGCGCACGUCUUCCCGGGGGGCGUGCUGGACGCGGCCGACCGCUCGGCCGAAUGGCUGCGCCUCUUCGCGCCGAACCACCGGCCGCCGCGCUUCGGCCUGGGCCCGUCGCCGCCCUCGCGCGCCGCCUUCCCGGUGCUGCCCGACGUCGCCGACGGGGACCCCGCGGCGCUGCCCGAUGACGUCGCCUUUCGUAUCUGCGCCAUCCGCGAGACCUUCGAGGAGGCGGGCCUGCUGCUGCUGCGGCCCAGAGACUCCCCGCCCGCCGCGCCCGUGCUGGGCCGCCCCCUCGAGCAGACGCCGGGCCUGGAAGCCUGGCGCGCCCGCGUCCGCGAGGACCCGCGCCACUUCCUGCACCUGUGCGCCGACCUUGACUGCACGCCCGACAUCUGGGCCCUGCACGAUUGGAGCUCUUGGCUCACGCCCUUCACACGCUUGGGCCUCCGCCGCUUCGACACUGCCUUCUACCUGUGCUGCCUGCAGCAGCCUCCCCCGGUCUACCCAGACGCGGCCGAGGUGGUGGGCUGCCAGUGGUCAUCUCCAUCAGAGGCAGUGGAAAGUUUCAUAUCAAAAGAAAUUUGGUUGGCCCCGCCACAAUUCUAUGAAAUAAGAAGACUUGAAAAUUUUGCCUCUUUCUCUGACUUGCACGAAUUUUGUUUGAAUCAGGCAUUGGAAGGGGUGCAAAGAUUUCUGCCGAUCACAUUAUUAACAGCUGAUGGGAUGGUCCAGCUUUUACCAGGAGACGAGCUGUACUUAGAAGACUCAAAGUUUUUAGAAGAACUUAUAUCCACUGAAAAAAAGAAUGAAGAAAUCAUGAAAGCAGGCAAAAAAUUUCACCGAUUAGUGAUAUACAGUCGCCAUCUUUAUGGCAUCUAUGUGACUGUUCAGUCAAAGUAUAAACAUGUUUAUCCCAAGAACUACAUAGUAAAUAAGAGCCAACUAUAGACAACUGCUUUGUCAGGCAGCCUACUUGAAGUCUUCCUAAUAAAUAAUGAAGAUAGACUGGACUUUUGUGAAACUUAAGGUAUUUUGUGCCUAUAAAAGUUAUAGUACAGUCUUUCAUCUUUCAAGUGCACUUUCAUAUCAAGAGUUCUCUUGCUUAUUUUAUUCUUUAAACCUUAGAAUAUGCCACAAGUAUAAAGUAUUAAUGAUCUUGUUACCACUCUCCCCCAAAAAUUCAGUGUUCCCACUAUUGUUUCAUUAUCUCAAAAGUUUAAAUAAAAUGACCUGCUAUUAUCUUUUUUUUUUUUUUCUUAUUAGACAGCCAUUUAAUUUCA